AUGCUCCCUCCUCUUUGCCUGUGAGGUCUUAGCUUAGUUAGCAGCAGCUAUACUCCAGUCUGCUUCUUACAUCCAUUAGACUGACAGAGAGCAACGGCGUGAUGGAAAUUGACUCGCUUCAAGAGGCGCUCAGAGAUUUUGAUAAGAAAGCAAAGUCUGAGGCAUCUCCUCUUUUGGAACAGUUUCUAUGUCAUAUUGCCAAGACCGGAGAGACCAUGGUUCAAUGGUCUCAAUUUAAGAACUACUUCCUGUUUAAAUUGGAGAAGGUGAUGGAUGACUUUAGAGGCUCAGCACCUGAGCAAAGAGGUCCUGCAAAUCCCAACGUGGAGUCAAUUCCAUUUGAAGAUAUGAAGGAGAGAAUCCUGAAGAUUGUGAAGGGUUACAAUGGAAUUCCGUUUACCAUCCAGCGCUUGUGCGAGCUACUCACAGAACCCAAGAGGAACUACACAGGAACAGAUAAGUUUCUUCGGGGGGUGGAGAAGAAUGUGAUGGUGGUAAGCUGUGUACACCCAACAUCAGAAAAAAAUGGAUGCAGUGCUAUCAACAGAAUGAAUGGAGUGAUGCUUCCUGGGAACACAUCUGCUUUUACAGAGAGGAAAGUGAACGGUCCUGGAACUCCCCGGCCGCUGAACCGACCGAAGUUGUCUCUGGCCCACUCACUAGCAGCCAAUGGCCUGCCAGACAGCACAGACGACAAAGACCUUAACACAGAGCAAGAAGACGACAAAGACUCCAGCGAGGUUUCAGCGUCAGGAGGUUCCCUGGGGAGCUCAGUGAAGAACAAACACCAUGAAGACGAGGAAGAGGACAUGGAAGCCGACCAGCAGGAAGUGAAGAGACUUAAGUUCAGCAAGGAUGAGGAGGAAGACGAAGAUGAGGAUGAUGAAGAGGAAGAACAGGAGGCGGACACACUGAGGCCUUUGCAUGCCACCUGCCUCUCGAAAGAGGCAGAGGCAAUGGUCCAGGAGGAUGAGGAAGAGGAGAAGGUCGGGUACGGCAAGGAGAAUGAAGCCUCCAGCAGUGCUUCUGCCGCUGAGGACCAAGAACCAACAAGCAGCACGCAGGCCGAUGUGUGUGCGGGCUCAGGUUCGGAGGCGGAGCAGGCCGAGAGGGAGGUGCCAUGCGGCUCCCAGGAGGAGGGCAGCGACAUGGAUCAGACAGAGCAGCAGGCACCUGCAGGCGUCCUGGAGACCCCCGAGACCAGCAGGGACAGCGAGGAGAGCAACAGUGACCCAGUCAGCAGCAGCAGUAGCAGCAGCAGCACUAGCAGCAGUGGUAGCAGCUGUAGCAUAGAGGAGAGUGCAGAAGCCACCAGAGAAGACAUAGCUCUCGCUCCCUCCAGCAGUACGUCUGAACCUCCUACAGAGGGCGCCAUGGAAAGUGCCACCUUGAACACUGGGACCACUGAGGAGCCUAUGGAGCAGGACUAGACUGAAGGCCCCCCCUCCACCCCCACCCUCCUGCAGCCUUGUGUGACCAUGAACCAGCUUGUCCUUGAAUCCAGCUUGACUGUCUGGGAAUGAGGACAACUAUACCUCGUACAGAAGACGGACGCCUCGUCCCACUUUUGGACACUCCUCCAAAAUGGCUACCUGGCAUUGAUGUGGGCAUACAAAUAAAUUUUCAUUUGAAGUUUUCUUUCUUUUAAACUGGAAUAUUUUAUUGAUCUUCUUAUCCUCUGUUUUAAAAGUUUCCCUUAAAAGGGGUUGGUUUCAGCUGUUUUUGAGUUUCUUGGCUGGAUUCUUUCUUCUUUUUUUUUUAUGUUCAAUGGGGUUGUUCGGAUGCUGGGGUGGUCUGGUUCUUUACUUUUACCACUCACUCCAACCAUUUGGACAUUGUGACAAGAUUGGUAGUGUACGCUUUGUAACCCUUACACCCAGUGUACUAUGCUAGCAGGGUCACAACAGAGCCAUGCCAGCCCCUGAUUAUUUAUGAAAUGGUUAAAGAUGAGAGCUACCACCAUUUCUGUUCCUGACUGAACUUAGUCAAGCAACACCCGGAACGUAACACCCCUCCACCACUAUAUUAUUACUCCACCAAGCUCCACCAGGCUGUUGAGAACAUGCAUUGUUUUAAAAUUGAUUUCUCUAUCAUUAUGAAAUAGGAGUUUCUUUUGUUUUUUUCCCCAUUGUGUCCUUAUAUUUUUUUUUCAUUAACCAUAUUUUUUUUGCAAUGAUACACUACCAAUCCCACUAACAAUACAAUGACAUGCUACCUUAUUGAGGCGUCUUCUGUAAAAUGAUAUAUUUUGGAUGCAUAAAAACCACCAUAAUUUAUAUGAUCAUUUCAAUUCAAUUAGUUAUUUUGGAGUAUGUUUCUUUUUUUUUUUUUGUUUGUUUUGUCUGCCAGUUGUAAUUUACAAAACCAGCUGUAAGUACAAAGAUGACUUCUGCUUUCUUUGUAUUGUGAUGUCACCAUGUUGUUUCACCGACCGAUAUUCGGAGCAGUCUCUGGUUCCAGUUCUACACCUGUUUCUGCAGCUGUACUUUUUGAUAUUUAGAAUUUUAAAUUUCUGUAAAGUAGAUUUUUGUAGAUUGUAAUACAGUAUGUGUUCACUGCCUUUGUGAAACCAUAUAUAAUUGUAUAAUUUCUGUGUAUACUCUGAAUGCUUUUGCUUUCAGUGCGGUAUUCAGAA